AUGCCCAGCGUCAGGUGCGCUGCGUGUGCCAGUGGCGUGCAGAGAAGGCGCACCUACCCGCGGAUUUACUCGCAAUGGUGGGAGAAAGGAGUGUGUGGGGAAGGAGAGACAGUGUGGGUGACGCUGGAGCGGUGCUUUGGCGACACCCAGUGGAGAGAAAGGGACACUGCAGGCAGGAAGAGAGGCGCGCUGCAGCAGAGGGAAAGCUAA